AUGCAAGAGGCAGAGACGGAAAGCUUGGCAGAGAGCAUCCGUCGCUUCUCGCUCUCGGAUGAGCCGCUGUCCACCUCGACGGCUCACUCGUUUGUCGAUGCCUUCGCCCCCCUCUCCCACUGCGCCCCUCUCGCGCAGCACUCGUCGGCUCAGCGCAAGGAUACCGAUGCCGUCCUCACCGAACUCAAGCAGGCGCGCAGCACCGCACUCGUCACGCUCGCCUCGCGCUCCUCCUCGGCGUCUGCCUCAAGCGCUUCUUGCAAGAUCACGGACGAAAAUCUUGCGCAGCUGCUCACUCCCGUCAUCCGUUCCAAACUGGCCGACACCACUCCCCGCAGCCUGCUCGCCGCGCUCAACUUUUUGGCGGCUCUCUUCAGCGUACUGCCCACCGAGGCGCACGACAUUCUCAUCGCAGAGGGCAUCCUCCAUCUCGUUCUAGAAGCUCCCGAUGCCUGCAAUGCCGUCCGUCGCCCCGCCCCCGAUUCUGCAUCGUCGCAUGUUUCGGCUCAGCCGCUGCAGCUGCGCGACGAGCAGCUCGUCAGCUUGGCCGUCGCAGAGCUCGUCUCUUCCGCCGCCAACUCCACAGUCACACGCAAGUUUCUGGCAGGUCAGCAGGCUCUCCUCGACUGGCUCGACAUCGCCUGCGUUCCUCGAAAUACCAGCUCGUCCGCGCCCGCCUCGGACUCGCACCCCAAAACCGACGCAAUCGCCAUCCUAUCUGGGCUCGCAGACGUCAAAAUCUACCGCGCCACCGCCUCGGAAUCCGUUCAGGGUCUGUCUCAGUCGCUUUCCUCCAAGCAGACGUCGCAGCAGGACCACAUCCGCAAGAUACAGCAGGAUAGGUCAGAACGUCAACGCAAGGACCACUCUCUCUUCGAUGCUAUUCAUUCUGAGCUACCGAGUCGCGGCCCAGGCUCUGCAUCGUCUCAGAACCUCUCGUCUAUCGACCAAGCCGCUCGAGCCGAACUCGAUCGUAGCAUACAGCUCGGCUGUCUCGAAGCUUUGGCCUACCUCACAGUCCAGCCAGUCUUCAAAGAUCGAUUGGCAGCCGAUACGCGCCUCCUCGCAAUCCUCUGCACCACUUUCGAUCUCUCCACACCCAAGGCUGCCGACACUUCCAAGCCAGGCGAAGUGGACAGCCAACGAUUCGACGGCGCCUUCCAACUCGGUCUCGCCACCAUCCUUUCCAACCUUACCGCAUAUCCAAAGACCCUCACAGCCGAAGAGAAGCAAAUUCGUCGGCUGCGCAAGUUCGCCAAUGCCCAAGAGACAAAGCAGAACGACAGCGCAACUGCUGACAACGACGAAGACGAGCUCGGGACGGUCGAACAAGCGGACAAGCGGUGCGCCGCCGUCUUGGACGCCAGAGGCAUCGAAACACUCUGCUCUCUCGCUCUAGCAGGUCGUCCAUCCCCCAAUUCUACAAGUGCGAGCUUGAAGGUGAAUCCCAGCAAAAGCGUCCGAACUGCUUGCAGCGAUGCUCUCUUGGCCCUCCUCACAAAGCAAGACCGCACCGUGCGCGGCAAGGCCGUACAGCAAGGCGCACUCAAGGCUGUUCUAGCACUCGCAGCUCCCGUGCUUCACGACCUUCUUCCUGCACCCAACACCGACGCUGGUGCUGGGCAGUCGAGCGCAAAUCGGAUCGGCCUCUUCUCUCGAGGCGCAAAUCCAUCAACGCCAAGCGUCACCUCGCACGACCUCGCACCCUUGCAGGCUCUGGCAAAACUCCUCAUCUCCCUCAAUCCCUCCAUCCUCUUCCCAUCAGAGCAAGGCCUCCUCUCCGUCACCCCGGUCAUCUGCAGCCUUUUGCUCGCCCCAGCUGCCUCCCAGCUCCAAAAAUUCGAGGCUCUCCUCGCCCUCACCAACCUCGCCUCGCUCUCUCCUCAGAUCUGCCUCAGCAUUGCCGCCUUCUCACUCGAGACUGCGACCAGAGAUAAAGUCACAAGCGACUCGAGCACCACAUUCUGCUCGACGUCCGUGCUCGCACACGCAUGCGAACAGCUGCUCAUGGAAGACCACGCCAUGCUUCGAAGGGCCUGGAUCGAGCUGCUAGUCAAUUUGCUCCAGGUUCAGGAAGUUUUCGCGUACUUUGUCGCCAGUUCUCCUUCGGGCUCAGAGCAAAAGCAUGGCUCGAACGAGCAACAGAGCCGACUCACUCUGCGCCUCAGAACCCUCCUCGGUCUGUCAGAGGUCGACGAUUGGGCGUACCUAAACCACAUCAACGGAGAUGGGUCUUCUGGCGCCUCAACAUCACCCUCAAGCGACGCAGGCGGAGAACCCUCGCUUGCAACCAGGAUGGCAAGCUUGGCAAUCCUAGCCAUGGUGUCCGAUUCCGAGCCGGUGGCACAUUCUUUGUUGUCCCUCGAAAGGCUCUUCCCCGUGCUGCUGACCAACCUCGUGCUCGAUCGAUCCGGCCAAGACACUCGCAACCAAUGGGAGCGAGCCGAUCUGCAAGCCCACAGCGCGGGUCAGCCGAGAAACAAAGCUGAUGCACAAGCUCAGGCAGAGCUCAACGGCAUCAACCUCAGCCUCCGCGCCAGCUACGUCAUUCUCAACGUGCUUCCGCAUCUCAAGCGCGAAGAAGGAGAUCCGUCCGAACCAAACGGUGGCUUGCACCCAGACGUCUUCCGGGCAACGCUGCGAGAUACAAUCACCCACCACGUCGCCCAGUGCAAGCAACCCGGCGCCCAAGAUCACGUUACCCAGGCCCGCAAGGGUCUCCUCGAGGUCUUGGCCGAGUGUCUCAAGGCCGCGUGA